AUGGCCGAAAUAGUUGAGGAAGCAGUGAAACAAAAAGUCUCUCUUGGAGAAUCUACUCUGGAUUCUGAUUCGACAAUUUGUUGUCUCAAAUUGAGUGAGUCACUAUUCCCAACAAAGAGAGAGAAAUACAACAAGAUUUAUGUACGAGAUUGUUAUAUCCCUGUGUAUGAUAUCAUCAGCAAUCACCAAGCUCUUCAUGGUCAAGGUUCAAUUGUACUGGUAAAAGGAAAUCCUGGUAUCGGCAAAUCAGUAUUUCUUUUCUACUACCUGUACCGCAAGAGAAGCGACCCUUUAGUCAAAUCAAUAAUAUACGAUGUUGUUGAUGCACCCGUCUACCACUUUACUUAUACCGAGGAUGGGAGUCCAAUCGUUCACCAAGGAGAUAGAUCCUCUUUCAAGGAUAUCCUUCUUCGACCAGAUUCAUCAUCUCUUUACCUCGUUGAUGGUCAGCGCCCACUGCCAUCCAAAAGACCCACUUUGAUUGUGUCGUCACCAAACAAGUCAAAUUAUGAGGAGUACAUGAAGGAUGGAAAAACAAGUCGAAUUAUCAUGCCACUAUGGUCAUCAUUGGAGAUUCUGGCUUCAAACUGCUUGAUAUUUGAUCAUCCAAUUCAAGAUGUUCAAAGUCGAUACUUUAGAUGGGGUGGAAUACCUAGAUAUGUACUUGAUAAAAUCAGUAGACCUGAUCAAGAACUUCUCGUCAAUGCAAUCUCCAGUACAAACCUUGAAGCAUGCAUUAGCAGUAUUAACAUGCCAGACUCUCCAGAGUCUGGAAGUCACAAAGUGAUUCAUUUGGACGCCGAACCAGGCACAGAUUUUGUGCGCCAACGAGUCUCGUUCGCUUCCAACUACGUCAAAGAAAAGCUGGUUCAAAGAUUCUAUUGGAAUUGGAGGGAAGAAGUUAUCAGAAAAGUUUCUCUAGUUGGCACAAGUCAGAUCGAAGGUUUGCUCUUUGAGCAGCUGUCUCACCAGACUCUUAUUAAUGGCGGUGAAUUUCAUAUCAGAUCACUUGAUGGGAAAGGCAAUCUGGGCGAAUACCUUCACUUUGCCCCCGCCAAAUGCGACUCGAUUCAGGGUACCACCGAGCUAGCUUCUAGACUUGCCUCCAAAAAUCGUUUCCCACCUGACACCUAUGUUAGACCAACCGAUUUAAACUUCCCAGCAGUUGAUUCGUUUAUGGGACAAUAUUUAUUUCAAAUCACCAAAACCAACCAUCCUGUCUCUUUUAAAGAGCUCAAUUUUAUCACUUUCCAUCUUGAUCCAUCUACAAAAAACCCCGCUGCAACCACAACAGAUACAACCACAACAACAACAGCAACAACAACAACUGAUGCAUCCACAACAGCUGGUACCCAAUUCCACCUCUUUUUUGUCGUCCCUCCUCAUCGCUUUGAUUCGUUCCCUCGCCAAGAAUAUGUGGAAGCCAAAACACAACCUGACGCCAAUAACCCUGGCAAGAAGACCACCACCAAAAACAAAGUAAAAGCCCCUCAAAAUGUGCAUCAAUAUGCACUCAAAAUGGCUUUUAGCUCUGUCCCCCCCUCUGUCUUGUAUCCUGUGAUAAGCGGUGAGGAUGCAAUAAUUAAUUCUGAUCCAAAAACAAUUUUGAUUGAUCAUCUUCAAUCAACUCAAAAAAUUAGUACCACUGAUUCUAUUAGAAUGGAUCAAGAUAUAAAAAAAGAUAAAAGAUCAAUUACAUCUGCUCUAAAUCUAAAAAAAGCACGUGAUGCGAGAAAAAAUCAAUUUAUAAUCUAUGAUAGUGAUUCUGAUAAUGAUUCUGAUAAUGAUAAUACAAAGAAAAGAACAAAAAACAAAGCUCCUAUGAUGAUUGGAGGCAAGAAGCAAAAACAGAGACCAUUAAGAUUAAAAAAAGAUAAAAGAGGACGAUACAUACAACAUGGAGUAGAUAGAGUUUACAUUAGAUCAAAAAAGAAUGAUAAAAAAUUGAUUAGAAAGUUGAUUAGAGAAGCAUUAGAUGAUGAGAGGAAACAACAACAACAGCUCUCUAAAGAAAGCAGCCCUGUAUUGGCUUGGUCAAAUCCAAAUGAAGUUGCCAUGAUCAAAUCAAUACAGGAUGCCAACUUUAGAGAGUCUGUACUCAAGAAUCAACAAGAAUUGGAUAAAGAAACAAAGAAAAAGAUCAUUGAUCUAACAAAAGAUGAUCAGCAAGAGAUACCAAUUCUAAAAAAAGAAAAUGAUAGAUUUGAUCAAUUGGAAAAGAGAUUGUCAAUGUUGUUUGAAGCAAAGGAGGAGAAAUUAAAGAGAAGACAAGAAAAAGAUGAUAGAUCAAUGGAAAUACUUUACAAUCAAAAGUUGACAGAAAAGAGAAUACAAGAAUUGGAAGGCAAGUAUGAAAAUACAAGACAAAUAGAUGAACAAUUACAAUCAAUUAUAGAUAUGAACAAUGAAAUGAAAGAAAAGAAUCUUUUGGAAUUGGAAAGAACAAUUCAAGCAAAUCAAGUAAAUCAAGCAAAACAAACAGAACAGCAACAACAAAUAAUGGUUGAUCAAAUUUUACCAAAUGAUUUAAUAGAAAUGGUCCCAAGAAACAAUCUAACAGCUACAAAUGAUUUUGUAAAAGAGUAUUUAAAUUCAACAAUGACCUCUACUAAACUAUCUACAAAUUUAGGAAAUGAAUUAAAAGACAUGGUAAAGAAUCAAAGAAUUAGUGUCAUUGAUUUAAUUAUUGGUAGUGGAAGAUCAAACAAAGGUCUUUAUGAUAGCGAAAUUGAAAGAAUAAUGAAACCAUAUCAUAGAAAGGGAUUUGAAAGAGUAAUAGCAAGUGACCAAUUAAAUUUAUUGGAACCAAAAGACAAGAUGUCAUUUAUUAUGAAUUUGGAUCCACACAACAAACCAGGAAGUCAUUGGGUUGCAGUAUAUAUUGACGCAGAUAAAGAUAAAUCAGUAGAGUAUUAUGAUUCAUUUGGUCAAGAACCAACCGAUGAUUUUAUGAAACAAUUAAAAGAUUUAAUUGAUGAAAUCAAUCCAGAUUAUUAUUUAAAAUUCAAAGUAAACAAAGUCAUUGCUCAAGCAUCAAAUAAUACAAUGGUAUACCAUUUAAAGAAUCAAGUGGUUGGAGUGAUAUAA